AUGUCUACUAAACAAGAUAAUAUAAAAGAAGAAUAUAAUCCCGUUAUCUACGACAUUUAUAAGAACGCUAGGUAUAGCGCUAAAGCGUACGAAAAUGACUUAGGUACCCUAUUAGCGACUGAUCUAGCUAUACCUCUACCCUAG